AUGGCAUUGUCAGCUUGUCCUCGAGUUAAGUGCUUGGGAUAUGAUGAAAUAUUUAACAAAUAUUCAAACAGUCAUGGAAUGGAUCAGAUAUCGUUGGAAGCGGCUGUUCCAGCACUGUUGUAUUACACGCAGGAUGUUGACUGUAAUAUUGUGCCUGAACUCCAUAGUAAACACAAAAAGCCUACAUCAGCUCAAGCUUGGGGUUAUGGUAUUGGAUUUGUGAGUUUAAUAGUGUUUGUGUCUAACGUUGGCGCAUUACUUGGACCCUGUAUGAAAAGCAAACUUUUCAAACGAAUUCUGAUGUUUUGUGUUGCUUUAGCGGUUGGUACUCUAGCAGCAACUGGACUACUAGUCCUAAUACCUGAGUCUUUGGGAUUAACCGGAGAGAACAGUCCCGUCCCUGAUUAUAACUGGAAAAUGACAUCAGUCAUUGGAGGAAUAUAUUUUGUAUUCGUCUGUGAGAGACUUCUAAAAAUGUGGUUCUUCAGAAAAAAGGUGAAAAACGAAGAAGAACAAGUAAUUCAACUUGACUCUGAGAAAAAGAUGGAUCAAGGUCACUCCCAUUUUGAUCAAGAAGACAUGGUAAAAGGUCAUGAUGGAAUAGCUUCUGUUGCCUGGAUACUUUUAGUUGGUGAUGCUAUUCAUAAUUUUGUAGACGGUUUGUCCAUUGGUGCAGCAUUCACCGAAAAUGUUUUUACUGGAAUAAGUGUAUCCUUAGCUGUUAUUUGUGAAGAAUUACCACACGAAUUAGGCGAUAUUGCAAUAUUGCUUCAUUCUGGAUUAUCCAUGAAGAGGGCGUUAUUUUACAACUUCCUGGCAGCUGUCACGUGUUACGGCGGACUAAUUAUUGGUAUCGUAGUUGGUGAAAGCACGGACGCUAACAUGUGGAUAUUUGGUUUUGCUGGUGGAUUGUUUGUCUACAUUUCAUUAGUUGCCAUGAUUCCUGAAAUGAACGAACAAGCGGCAUUAUCAAAGAAGAAUAAAACAGAAAGUGCAACCCAGGUGUUUUUAUAUCAGAAUGCUGGACUACUUAUCGGUUUCCUUAUUAUUAUUCUAAUAUCUUACUAUGGAAAGUACAUUGACAUGUAAAUUGUUCUUUUACUAUGAGGGUCUGAAUGGGAUGUCCUUCAUUUAUUUAUACUUUAAUUUUUAAGGUAAUAUUUAUCUUUUCCUUUUUUGCCCAAUAUACUCAAUUCUUUAUUUUUUGGCUAUUUUUCUCUAUUUUCUAUUUUUUUUUUUUUGUCAACUUUUCUAUAGUAUUAGUCUUUCAUGCCCUAUUCUGUAAACCCCAUCUACUAUAUAUGUACUACUUAAUAAUUCUGUUCACGUUCAAACGAGAAAUAUGACAUUGAACCUGUAUAGUUUAGUUAUAUAAGUCACGCCUUUCAAUGGCUUCACUGUACUAUUUAAAGAAAAAGAAUAAUGUAGUGAUUAUGUCGUGUACAGGUUGUGAUAGUACAAAGUACAUGGACAUGAAACACUAUUAAAAUUGUAAAGAUAAAAGAUGUUUCAACUUUAUUUUUUUAACUGAAACAGACUUAACACAAAGAAACCAGUUUUGUAUCCGACGAGAUGUAAGAAGAUGUCAUGGGUCAAACUCACCGGCCGUUUAAGCUCCGAUCCGCAUACUACUCUACACUUGGAGUAAAGGAAACUAGUUCCGGAACAGAAACGAUCACUGUACGGGGUUUGUAAAGAAACCAGUUUUGUAUCCGACGAGAUGUAAGAAGAUGUCAUGGGUCAAACUCACCGGCCGUUUAAGCUCCGAUCCGCAUACUACUCUACACUUGGAGUAAAGGAAACUAGUUCCGGAACAGAAACGAUCACUGUACGGGGUUUGUCACAGGGAAAAACAUAUUCGAAAACCUACGACGGGGAUGGACAGACAAUACCAUAAUUAAAAGGAAAAAAAAAGAGGAAACCCACAAAAAUUUGGAGAAAGUACA